GAACAAGUUGUCUGUGACCUGGGGUAAUAUCAAAAUACGCGAAGUACCGCACCGGAUCCAACGCUGCAGCUUUAUCACAGGGCCGUUACGACGGGCCGGCCCGCUGUGAGAUGGAAGCCACAACAGACACUGGGCUGACUGCAGUGGCUCGAAUCAUACGCACUGUAAGAUACGCCCGAGCGUCUUUGAAGAUCGGACGCGCCUUUGUGCAUGACCUCACCCGAUCCUCCAGGCUGAGACGGGGAUUCACGGGCUGCUAAUUCAGUAUACCCUCAUGAGCCCAGAACCGCAGAGCACACCAACAUUCCUGCCCAAGGAACAAGCCAUGCGCAAGGGCUUGAUCCCAACCCGGCAGAUACUUGGUAGGGUAAAAUUGCCACUCCAAGGCACCACCUCCACCCCCAAAAGCUACAACCCCACACAUAUUCAACUUCUACUCUCACCAACAAGUCUGCCCACGACAUUGCGGGCGCACUGCCCCCCGAAACCUUGCCCAGGUGCCUGGACAUGAUGCCCCGGGCGGACACGAUCUCGCCGCCACCAACAGCAGAAGCAGCCGCCAGCGCCGACCUGUUCUCCCGGCCCCGGCCACGGCCUCCCAGGUCGCCUUCCCAGGCUGCAAAGAUACGAGUUCAGAACAGGCGGCGUCAGUACCUGGAGAAUAACCCAAGCUACCUGUCCUCGGCGGACAACCAGCUUGCCGACCAGGAGCUCUACGACACCAUGAUCCGCAGAUUCCAAACGCCCGCCGAGCGCGAGGCAGAAACCCGUCGAAGGGGCUGGGGCAAGGUCCUCGAGACGUCGCUGAUGCGUGGCGAGGACCGCCUGGACAGGGUGGCCUCGUCCCUCUCAGGUGACAGGCCAGCGCCGGGGCCGGGGCGCUUUCAGCCCGCCUCAUCUUCUUCACCUCGUGCAGCAGUACCGUCGUCCACGGCGGGCGCGGGCGACAACCAAGGACCUGUCGCCGCCAGCACGGCAGCAGCAAACUUCACCAUCGACGCGGACCUCGCAGAAUCCGCACCCGCGACGAAGGAGGAGGGCCGCGCCGUGUGGGAGGACUUCCUGCGGGAACGAUUCAUACGCGGCGGGGAUGAUGAUUUUGACUACGGUCCAGUAGACAGGGAUGAGGGUCUUGAUGAGCUGGAGUCCCGGGACCGGGAGGAGGAGUGGUUCGACGGGGAGGAGCCGGGGUGGGCCAGCGACGGGAGUGAAGGUAGUGCUGGUAGCCCUGUGGCUGUCGGUGCGGACGGCGAGCCGAGCACGAGGAAAGGACCGAGGGAAAGGGUGUUGACUGGGCAGACUGGUAUCCAGGAUUACUGACGGAAGAUGGUCAAGAAUUGGGUACAGAUACCACAAGGCAAUGAGGAGAAAUCUAUAGCGAAGUAGGUGCACUUCUCCUGGAAUGUAGUUCGACAACCACAACAACGCCCACGUAUUACUGUCCCGGCUUCUCCUGCACAAUACGGUCCCCGUCAUAAUAUAUCUCCUUGACCUUGACGCUCCGCAGGUGAUCAACCCCGCCGCUGAGCUCACAGUCGUGGUGGAAGAGCCACCACCUGUCACCCCCCUCGGGGAACUCGACAACAGAGUGGUGCGUCGUCCACCCCAGCACAGGCUCCAGCAUACGGCCCCCGUACACAAAAGGUCCCAUGGGCGAGUCUCCCACCGCCCAGCACAGGUAGUGCGAGUCGCCCGUCGAGUACGAGAAGUAGUACUUGCCCUUGCGCUUGUGGCACCACGCCGCCUCGAAGAACCGCCGGUCAUGGUCAUCAGCCGCGAUGCGCUGCUUCGUCUCCGGGUCCAGGAUCACAACCUCGUGCACCCCGCCGUCCAGCGUCCGCAUGUCCCUGCCCAGCUUCGCCACCCGGGCCCCCAUCGCCACCGCCCCGGGGCCCGAAGGCUCCUUGGGGCCGGACCACGAGGCGUCAAAGUCCGCGUCGCCGUGGCCCCGCUGGUAGCACUGCAGCUGGCCGCCCCACAGCCCGCCAAAGUAGAGGUACGAGGCCUCGUCGUCGUCGACCAGCACUGCCGGGUCGAUCGAGUAUGUCCCUGGGAUGAACGACUCGUCGGCCGUGAAGGGCCCCUCGGGCCUGUCGCCUACUGCCACGCCGAUGCGGAAGAUGCCCUCCUUGUCGCGCGCCGGGAAGAACAGGUGGUACUUGCCCGUGGCAGGGUUGCGCGCUGCGUCGGGCGCCCAGAGCUGCUUGGACGCCCAGGGCACGUCGGCCAGCGUCAGGACGGCCCCGUGGUCCGUGACCUCCGACGCCGGGUCCAGCGAGUCCAGGCUGAAGACGUGGUAGUCGGCCAUGUCGUACUGGUCGCCGUUGUCGUUGAACUUGAUGUCCGUCUCGCGGUCAUGCGACGGGUAGAUGUAGACCCUGCCAUUGAAGACGUGUGCCGACGGGUCCGCCGUGUAGACAUGUUUGAUGAGGGGUGCCAUGCUGCGCGGGCGUGUGUGCUGCUCUCGAUUGUCCGCCCGGCGUUGAUCCAACUGCCCAGGUAGACAGACUACUUCGGUACUCAAGUAGGGCGUGCUAUUCGAAGCCGAAAUGUACGGUGACUCGAGUCGGGAGGUAAGUCUUGGUCAGUCAAUGAAUGGGUGAGCCAACAGAGGCAUCAAAAGAGCAGUGGCAGAACUUUAUAUCAACUCAUCGCGACCCAAUUGACCCGUACAACCGCCCCUACAAGCGCAGGGUGGGCCAAGAGAUACUGUUCAAAUGGGGCCAAGCGCAUCCACUCGCAAAGCAGUUGGGUUAGUUGGAGGCAUCGCAUUUACCCCCCAAUUUAGCCGGCGGGAUCCUGCAGGCAUGUCCUCUGUUCUCUCCCUAUGGGGGUCGCCGUCCCCUCUCGUCCGAGCUGCCCAGCCGGGCCGAGACAUUUUUCGUCGCUGAUGAGCCCAGAGUCUAGCAGCCGAAUCGGUGGAAGGAUCCAUUGUCGAAGUCCAAGCGACGCGCUGCCCGGCCUCGUUGAUUGCACGCGUCAGCAG